AUGCUCAGUCGUGCCGUUCUUCUUUCGAGGCCUCGAGUCCUCCCAGCAGCCGCCCGGCUUGCUGUCCCGGCCCAGCAGCCCCGAUGGUACGCGAAGAACAACAAGCCGAAGGGGUCGUACAAGCUUCCUGAUUCUGUCAAGAAAUCGAAUGCUACUCAAUCAGGUAAAGCUACAUCGAAUCCAACCUCUCCGUCGCAAUCUGCAGACGAACAACAUCGCCCAGACUUUCCCCCGGACCAGGCUGAGUUUGCGUCCAAUGCAGGAUCACAGAAGAACACACCACCACAGUCGGCAGGAGCAGGAGCUGGAGUGAGUGAAGCAUCAACCGGACAGCAAGGAGCUCAGCCGGACUUUACCCCGGAACAGUCCGAAUUUGAAACAACGGCGCGUCCCAAGGACGAACCCCAACGACCUCUUCCCGACCUUACGCAAGGUAUCCCUUCUACAUUGGCGGCAGAGCUGGAUGCUGCCAACCGGGCAAAGGGCCAAGGACCCCGUGCCCUGAAUCUGACAGAAGAGCCAUACGAAGCGGAAGAAGGUGAGGAUGGUGGUCGCGGUGGUGAUGGCAAAGACCGGUACGAGUCUUCUCUGGACCGCCGAAGAGCCCAGAUGGCCAAGCUGGUAUAUGGUCUGAUGGGCGUGGGAGCCGUCGUGGGAACCAUGUAUCUCGGCCGUAACUGGGAGACUGAGGAACUGGAGAAGGCUCACCCCGACGCACCUUCGGGAUGGGGUCUUGGACUCUGGUAUAACCGAGUCAAGGCUCGUAUGAACGACAUUACGAGCUACUACAAGGACCCUCCCUUCCAGAAGCUGCUUCCUGAUGAGGACCCUAACCUUCGUCAACCUUACACCUUGGUGCUGAGUUUGGAGGAUCUUUUGGUUCACAGUGAGUGGACUCGUGAGCAUGGCUGGCGAGUUGCCAAACGCCCUGGGGUGGACUACUUCCUCCGUUAUCUGAACCAAUACUACGAACUCGUGCUCUUCACCACUGUUCCCAGCAUGAUGGCAGACCAGGUGCUUAGGAAACUUGACCCUUACCGUAUCAUUCGAUGGCCCCUUUUCAGAGAAGCCACCAAGUACAAGGAUGGAGAAUACAUCAAGGAUCUGGCCUACUUGAACCGAGACCUGUCGAAGGUUAUCCUGAUUGAUACCGAUGAAUCCCACGCACGGUUACAACCCGAGAACGCCAUCAUUCUCCCGAAGUGGAAGGGUGACUCCAAGGAUAAGACACUGGUUGCCUUGAUUCCUCUCCUCGAGUACAUUGCAGGAAUGGGAAUUGAAGAUGUGCGUCCUGUCUUGAAGUCCUUCGAGGGCACCGACAUUCCGAUCGAGUUUGCCAAGCGUGAGAAGGCUAUGCGUGAGAAGUUUCAGAAGCAGCUCGAACAGGAACAGUCUAAGCGACCAAAACGCGGUGUUGGCAGCUUUGUCUCGCUCCUCGGGCUGAAGCCUAGCAGCCCAUUGGAUGGAGAGCAGAGCACGUCUGACAGUCUUGCACAGGGCAAGAUGCUCUGGGACCAGAUCCGCGAGCGUGGCCAGAAGAACUACGAGAUGAUUGAGAAGGAGAUCCGUGAAAAUGGUGAGAAGUGGCUUGCUGAGAUGGCUGCUGAAGAAGAGAAGGCCCGUCAAGAGCAGAUGAAGAGCAUGAAGAGCGGCUUCACCAGCAUUUUUGGAGCCGGUGAGUCCAAAUGA